AGAGAGAGAGAGAGCGAGCGCGCGCAGUGGCGACUCGAUGGUCGUUUUUCAGAGAUGUCGGAGAAGAGGUUGGUGAGGGGGAUACCCAUACGUCUCUGGUGUAAAUAGGCACACCAAAACCUCAUGUUUCACCCCCUAGUCUCCACCAUACGGACGCAGACAUGAAUUCGGCCGAGCAGACGGUAACGUGGCUCAUCACGCUGGGGGUCCUGGAUUCACCCAAGAAGCGGAUCUCGGAUCCGGAGAGCUUUCUCCAGUCGUCCCUGCGGGACGGAGUGGUGCUGUGUAGACUGCUGGAGCGGCUGCGACCCGGGACGGUGCUGGGCAAAGUGUUCUCUGACCCGCGAGCGGAGAGCGAGUGCCAGAGUAACAUCAGCGAGUUUCUGCAGGUCUGCAGCGUCUUCUCCGUGGAGCCCUUUGAGGUCAGCGAUCUCCUGCAGGGCCAGGACAUUUCCAGGGUUCUCACCUGCCUGGUGGCCCUCAACAAAGCUACCGAAGAAAGGGGUCCGGCGGAGGACGACGUGUGCCUGCGCCACCCCAUCUCCUCAUCGCGGAUCAAGUCCUUUGAGUCCUUGAACACUCAGUGCCAGUCCUCCAAGCUGCUGCAGCCGCAGUACCGAAGCCUGGACAUGUCAGAGGGCAGUGGGUGUGGCCAGACGCUAGUGAAGGCCCGCUUCCCCUUCCAGCAGACCAAUGAGGACGAGCUGUCCUUCUCCAAGGGCGACCUCAUUACCGUCCUGCGGCAGGAGGAGGGGGGCUGGUGGGAGGGGGCCCUCGGGGGCCGGACCGGGUGGUUUCCGAACAACUACGUGCGGGAGGUCAAAGACAGCGAGAAGCUGCUGUCUCCAAGGUCUGGCACCUUGAAGAGCCCCCCGAAAGGCUUUGACACCACCAUCGUCAACAAGACCUACUACAAUGUGGUGAGCAUCACACAUUAA